AUGACGGCUUCAGGUUAUCAUUUUUUGAAUACAUAUUGAAAACAAUUUCAAAAUUUUAUUACGAUCAACAGAAAACUUUAUUGAUGGUUUAUCACUAAACAUCUCGUAUAAGGUGCAAAAAAUAGUAUAUGAGAUUGUAGCGUACAUUCGAAAGCGGGAAACCGACUGACCAAUUACACUCAUCGGAAAGUAUAACAAAAAAUAUAAAUUUGUUUGCAGUUUUACAUAUUAUACUAUACAUUGUCGAAAAUUUUGCUUAUAAAAUAUAAACAAAAAUUUUUCAUUUUAUCAAAUGAUUAGUCCUUUAAUUACAUAAUUAACAAUAUAUAGUAAUUAAACAUAAUUAAAUUAUAUAUUGAUUAAUCGAAAGACUAUAUUACGCGCGCAAAAAUGUGUAAUGUGAUUUUACAAAAAAAUGUGAUUUAUAAAGGAUUAAAAUGAAUUUCAUAAUAACAAAAAUUAAUUAACUAUGUAAAUUUAAUUUUCACAUUUGAUUUCAUUUUUUUAUUAAAAUUAUUAAAUAUUUUUUUAUUUUUUAUUAAAAUUAUUAAGUAUUUUUUUAUUUAUUUUAUAGAAAUGGGAAAGGAAAUUAACUGCAUUGACGACUUAACUUUACGUAGCGCGAGGGCAGGCCCUAUACAUAUACGAAUUAAAAUGAUACAAUAUACAACGAUGAUAAGAUUAUUCUCUGAAGUUAUGGAAGAUUAUAAUGCAUCUAUGAUAAGAUAUCAUAAAAAAUGUCGUUUACUUUUACAUCAACAAAAAAUGUUAAAUUUUACAAGACAGUAAAAUUGCAAAGCUACAAUUAUCAGAUAUUCAAAGUAGGUAUAAUGAUAUAAUAAAAAUAGAAAAAUCAAUUGCAGAAGUUAGAGAUAUGUUUACAGAAAUGGCAUUUCUUAUUGAAAAACAAGGAGACCAAAUAAAUAGUGUAGAAUAUUAUGCUGGAAGGGCAGCGGAUGAUGUUGAUGUUGGUCAUAUUGACCUUAAAAAAGCGGAGAAAAGGAGCCAGAGACAUAGGAAGGUGCACUCCAACAUUCUGUUCCCACAUAUAAAAAAUUUCCAUUUGAAGUAUCCAUUUCUAAUAGUUCUGUCAAUGGCAAAGACACUCCAAAGUCACAUAACUUAACUGUUUUAUAAUCUACAGAAACUAAUACAUUAUAGCUUUUUAUAUCACCAUGUAAAAUACUAGCAAUAUGAUGUAAAUAUUCUAAUCCUUUUACAAUUUCAUAUGUUAUUUUUAAAAUAUCUUUAGCAGAAAAAGGGUCGUCAUCAUCAUUCUCAAGUUUUUGUUCUAUUUUAUCACCUGAAGAAAUUAUAUUACAAGAACUGUAGAUUUUUUUAAGAAGUCAAUUUUUUAAGCUAUUCACCAUGAUAUUUUUUACCUAAAGAAGAGUCCAAUUUUUCCAUUGCUAAGCAUGGUUCACCAUUUGAUAGUUCGACGAAAGCACGAAAACCAAUAACGUUUGGAUGAUUUAAUUUACGAAGUACUUCUGCCUCAAAUCGAAGACGUUCGUUAUAUUUUUGAUCUUCCGUAACUUUGCAAUUGCGUUUUUUUAUCGCCCAUGGAGAUCGGAUAAAGCCGACCUUUGGCGAUCGUUCCAGACUAAAUACAUUAACUCCUAUUAAUAUAUUUACACAUUAAAAUAAUAUUAAUAUUAAUAGUGACGUAUUUAAAAAAUUAUAUUAUUUUACCGCAGCCAUAACCUAUCUUCUCUAAAAACGGUGAAGCUGGUAUUUUAAUAGGAGUUUGCAACUCUGGACUAGUUUGUAAUCUGUUUUUAUAUUUUUUUGUCGUUGGUGUCUUAAAUUCGCUCAUUUUACCACUAUUCUUUAAAAAGUUUAUUCAAGUAGAAUCUAGUUCUUAUACUAGUCCGUUGAUUUUUGAAUUGUCUUGAUACUGACGCUCAAUUAGUACCAACUUUAUGGAUAAUGAUAGAGAAAAAGUUAAUAAUAUCAAGAUUCAAGAACGAAAGCUAAUUCUUCUUAUAAAAUUCUUUUUCGGUAUUCCUUAAAUUAUCUUUUGAUAUUAUAUAAGAAAUUUAAAAAAAUCACUUUUUAUGUACGCGUUAGAUUAUUAUUGUUGGCUAUCAUGAAAGAAACGUUUCUAGUUUAAAUAGAUAUAUAUGUUUGAAUAGGUAUACAAUAAAUGCAAAUAGUUUGAAUAGGUAUACAAUAAAUAUAAUAAAUGCAAUAGGUAUACAUUAAAAAUAACAAAAAAAUUUAGUAUUUAUAUUGUGAUAUAUUACCAUAAAAGUUUUAUAUUUUAAUUUCUGAUCGAGAAUAUUUUCAACUCUCAUUAUGUUUAUUAUGCUUUCAUUAUGUCUCUAAUAGAAAAAUUUUUGCAUUUCUUUAACGUGACUCUGACUAAAUUUUUCAGAUUCUAAGUAGGUAUGUAUGUAUCUAUGAAAGAGAAUGUUUCAAACAUUCAUAAUAUAUGCUUAAUAUCUUUAACAUUUUUCAGGUACGAUAAAUUUGUAAACGAUGUAAUACUUACGACUUGCUUACUUCGUAGCUUUGCAUUUUCGUUAGUCGCUCGAAUAGAUACUCUAUCGAGUGUAAGCGAUAUGAUCUCCAAUGAUGUUUUCUGCUUGAAAUAAUCGUUCAUUUUUUUUAAAAACGCUUUUGGAUAUCGAUAAAACUUAUGUUGCUUUAGAUCAGUACUUCAAAACAAUUUUAUUCAACCAUAAAUUUUUCUAUAAUAUCUUUCUCGUUUAUUUCUUCGUUUAUUUUUAAUACGAUAUCUUUAUACUUGUAGAGCUCCCCGCUUGAUUAA